CCCUCAGAGUUUCGCAAGUGACGGCAGUUCCGCAUCGCCAGGUUUGAUGGGCAACGUUAAUUAAGGAUAUUUGUGACUUUCUAACCGUCUUUAUUGUUGUUUUAUGCCGAUAAUUAGUUUUUCUCGCCAACUGGAGUGCUUCAGUAAAAGGAUAUGCAGACAAUAAGGAACUUUUUCCGGCCACCAUGGACGAGUGUUGAAAGACUGGAAGGCAAGACGGUGGUCAUCACCGGAGCCAACACCGGCAUCGGCAAACACACAGCGGCUGACUUAGCCAAGAGAGGAGCCAAGAUCAUUAUGGCGUGCAGAGACAUGGAGAAAGCUCAGGCUGCUGCCAAAGAGAUCAUAGAAAGUUCCGGCAACGACGAUGUCGUUUGCAUGAAACUCGACCUGGCCGACACCAAAUCCAUCAGAGAGUUUGCGCAGGCCAUCAACCAAGGAGAGUCAAAACUGAACAUCCUCAUCAACAAUGCAGGCGUAAUGAUGUGUCCUUACGGGAAAACAGCCGAUGGCUUUGAGCUGCAGAUCGGCAUCAAUCACAUGGGUCACUUCCUGCUGACCUAUCUGCUCCUGGACCUGAUCAAGCGCUCCGCACCGGCCAGAAUUGUUAAUGUGUCAUCCAUGAUUCACUCAUGGGGCUCCAUCAACUUGGAGGACAUCAACAGCGAGAAGAGUUACGACAAGCAGAAGGCCUACGCUCAGAGCAAGUUGGCCAACGUGCUGUUCACACGCUCGCUUGUCCAACGCCUUCAAGGCACCGGUGUAACGGCGUACUCCCUCCACCCGGGCGUGGUCCAGACAGACUUGUGGCGUCACCUGAGCGGGCCCCAGCGCUUCCUGAUGAAGUUUGCCAGCCCCUUCACCAAGUCGUCGGCACAGGGCGCCCAGACCACCAUUUACUGUGCUGUGGAGCCGGCGCUGGAGAAAGAGAGUGGCGGGUAUUACAGCGAUUGCGCCCCCGCCAACUGCUCAUCAGCGGGCAAAAAUGACGUCCUGGCGCAGAAGCUGUGGGAGCUGAGCUGUCAGAUGCUCAACAUCACUUGGGAGUGAGGUUGGCUUUAACAAAACUAAAUAAGUUUUGCAAUUGGAAUAUUUUUAUAUUCUUUACUUGUGUGAUAUUUUCUUACAUUAAAGCAAAUCUGACACCUUCACAA